AUGGGAGAUUCAGUACCUCUAAAACUAGCACUGCCAGAGCUGAAGUAUCCUAUUGGUUCACAGCCAAAGGAAAAGUCAGCAAUCAACCAAUACUCUGGUUCAGAUUAUAUCUCUAUUGUCAAAAGCAUCCUAAAACCAGAUGAGAUGAUAAGAGUCCGAGGAUCAUUUCUGGGACCUGUAAUGAAGCUCAGUGAGAGAGGAUUGAAGUUAUCAGCAAAGAUAGUCUACGCCAUUCUCACUAGAAGCAUCGUUUCUGUCAAGGAGAAUGAAGCCUGGUUCCAUUUCGGUGCGCAGCCAAUGAGGUUCUCUAUAAGAGAAUUUCAUAUGAUGACAGGCUUGAAAUGUAGUGGUGCAUUAGAAGGACCACGAAGGGAAACCGAGAGAUUUAAUUGGGAAUUGCUAAAGGGGCGUAGUCAUAAGUUAAGUGACGUGGUGGACCAGCUCAGAAACACAAGAGAAGAUGCUUCUGAGGAGAGAAUAUGCCUCGCAAUGCUCAUCCUGGUAGAGAGCAUAUUAUUGCGGAAGAGCAAAGGAGGGAGUUUUCCUUUGGAAUAUGCGAAAAAUGCACAGGAUAUGACAUAUCCAUGGGGAAAAGAGGCUUACAUUGUGCUCCUGAAGUCAAUUCAAAACGCUGUCGCGAAUCAUUUGGAGAAUAAAUCCAAAUUUGAGUUGCAAGGUUAUCCUCUAGUAUUCCUUCUUUGGAUACUAGAGUCGAUUCCUUUGCUAAGGGAUAAGUUCAGUAAGUGUGUACCAACAGUUGAGGUUCCUGGGCCGACUUACUUGUGUGAAAAAUACACUGAGGUAGAGAAUCCAUCACUUGAUAGGGUUUUACAGGUUGAAGCUGAUACAAAGCUGAAGGUCCAUUGCAUACUACCUUCUAUUCCUCAUGAUCCAGAAGAUGAUAUCUCCAUUGAAGACAAAUAUAGUGACGAGCUGGAAACAGUGAAAGAUGUAACAAAGAAAGGGUACAAGAUUACAGCCGAUGACUGGGAAAAUAGGUGUGUAGACACAUUUGACACAUUGGAUGCUCUUAUUCAAAUGAUGGCAAAUAAGGAGACUGGCCAAGCUUCUACUCCGAUUGAUGAGGAUUCAGUAAAUGAAAAAGUGAACAGGAUCAUCACGGUAAUGGAGGAGAAUCUGAAGAGCAUGAAGGAUCGAAUGUCAUUACUAGAAGAAGAAAACAUACAUCUUAGAGCUCGUGUGUCAGAGUUGGAAGGAAACAACAAUGUUUUUCCCACUAACGUGACACAAAAGGAGACAAUGAUUGAAUCAGCUGCAUCUCCAAAGUCUCAACAAAAUGAGGAGACAAUGAAUGAAUCAGAUGAUGAAACUCUUGCCCUUGAUACUCAAGUAUUCUCUCCUAAUCUGACAAAAGAGAAAGAAACAGAAACGUCUACCGAUGAGAGGCCAUCCAAUCCUAAUCAAGAUGGAAAACCAGAUGAUGAGAUUGUGAUUGAGUCACCUGCUGCUCAGACUCAAGUUUUGCAAAAAGAAACACUGGAAAUGAAUGAGACACCUUCUUCUCCAAUAUCUCCAAAGAGUAUUGAGGCUCAAGUUUUUACUCCAAUUCAGAAACAGCAGACGGUAACAGAGGAAACGUAUGAGGCUACACAGCCAUUGACUGAGAUCAUUUCAGCAAACAAUAAAAAGGAGGAUACACAUGCUGUGCAUCACACACCUUCCUCUCCAUUGUCUUCACUAAUUGCACUAGUUAUUGAAGAAAAUAAGAAUGCUUUGAGUGAGACAGAAACUGCGACCCAAUAUUUUUCUACAAGUGAAGGAGAGCAUACACAAUCAAGCAGAAAGAAUCAAGCAGAAGAAUAUCUCAAGGAUACUACAGAACCUACUACUGAGCUAGUUUCCACAGAUGUUUCGAAGACACAGCCUCUUACUCCGCAAACACAGCACCUUCAGACAAGUGAGGGAGAUCAAUCCGAUGAGACACCAUCAGAGCAGAAUCAAGCAGAAGAAAAUCUCAAGGAUACUACAGAACCUACUACUGAGCUAGUUUCCACAUAUGUUUCGAAGAUGCCGCCUAUUACUCAGCAAACAGAGCAUCUUCAGACAAGUGCUAUAGAUUUUUCAGAAACAAACGAGGUUGAAGUAAGCAGGCUUCUAGCUCACUUUCAAAUAGGCGCAGAGGUUGAGAUUUUGUCUACUGAUGACGAAAUAUGGUAUCCAGGAAAGGUUGUUGAUCUUAAACUGUGUGAAGGACUAGAGGAGCUGACAGUUGAGUACACGACACUCUUCACAGACCAACAUAAUAGACUUCAGAAACUUCAGGAUACUAUCACGGCUGACAAAAUACGUCCUGCAACACCAACUAGUGACCAAAAAUCCUUUGAGAUGAUGGAUAAGGUAGAAGCCUUUUACAACAAUGGCUGGAGCAGCGGACAAAUUAGCAUGGUACUUGGUGAUAACACAUACUCGGUGUGUCUCUAUACUUCUAUGGAAACUAUUCUAUUCAAACAUUCAGAUUUGCGAAUUCAUAGAGAAUGGAAAGAUGGAGUCUGGAAGAUGGCAGAUAAGGUGAAGCCUGAUAAGAAAAGGAAAGCUGCUGCCUCAUCACAAAAUUCAGGAAUGGAUAAUGUUUUCCUAAGAAGGAGCGAGAGGGUGCCUAAACGAUCUAGAGACACAAAAACUCCAUUCAAGUCUGACAGAAAUCCGGCUUUAACUGUAAUACCUGAGAUUAUACCUGCAGUUGAUCCGUUUUCAACUCCUGCGGAACAUAAGCUUUCAAGGCUUCAAAAUUGGAUGACAUUAAAGCCCGGCAUGCAUGAAACGUCCCUAUCAAUCAAUGAUAAUAAGAUAAGGAAAUCUUUCUUUCAAAGCAUGGAAAAUGCAAAAAAGGACCUUAAGAAAGAGCACAUUGAUGGAGCCUUUGCAAUGCUAAAUUGCAGAAGAAAUGAGAAUGCUGCUUGGUUCCACAACUACAAGAUUCCAAAGGCGUGCUUCCUACCUAUGGAGUUCUUGCAUUGCUUGCUCUCUGAUGAUUUGGCUUACAAGAAAGAAAAGGUCAAAGGUAAAAAGAUUUUCAACGAUAUAUUUAAAGAUACUGUGAGAGGGAAGGUAUAUCCAGAGAAGACAUGGGGAGAAGAUGUUGAUGUUGUGUAUGGGAUUACUCUUGGAAAAAAAAGCAAUGUCUGGAUUGGGAUGGAAAUUCAUUUGAAGAAGAAAAGAAUCACAGUAUAUGAUUGUUUUCAAAAGGAAAGCAACAGCAUUGAUAUUCCUCAAGUGAAAAAGUUGGCAGUGUUGAUUUCUAAUCUGCUGGUGGAAUCUUCUGGUGAUGAGGUAGAUAAAGUGAAGAUGAUUCCAUUUGAGAUUGAGCAGGCACAAGGUUUACCCAAGACAAAACAUCCUUUCAACUGUGGGAUAUUUCUUGUCAAGAUUCUGGAGUGCUAGUCAUUGAAGAUAGGAGACAUGACAAAGAUUAAUGAUGACAAUGCAUUGGAGCUAAGGAGAACCUUGUCUUGUGAGAUAUUCAGCCAAUUUGUGGAUGAGAGCUUUGGGAAAUGAGAAUGAUGCAUGAAAACAUUUUUUGUUUUAGUUAAGACUCGGUUUUAGUUAUGACUGUUUAUUUUGUUAUGUUGUUGGCGUCUGGUUACAUAAGAAAGAUUGGAAGGAUAUCAAGUAUUUUUUUUGGGUAUCAUAUAUCUUGGAAGGUUAAAAUAAUGUUUCUGGAUGGGUUUCCAGAAAAAAGUUAAGUGUUUCAAAUGUAAAAAAGAAUGAAAUGAGAUUAUAUACUAAGGAUUGGACAUGUAUAUGGUAAGCUUAAAAUUGUGAUGUUUACAGACAACAAAAAUUUAGAACCACAAAGGAUCGAACCCAGAGGGAGAGAGUUUGCGUAUUUGGAUAGUGUGGGAGUUUAGCCACUAGGCCAAGAAGAAUCAUCUGUUAAUGGAUUACAUUUAAUUUUAUUUAACUCCAAACUGUAACACAAAAAAAAUUAAAAUUGAUUUUGAAUCCACCACAUAUCAAACCCGGGGAUAGAGAGACUUUUGAGUUAUGAAAUGCCUUGGUUUAACCGCUGGUCUGAGGAGAAUCAUCUGUUAAAGAAUAUUACAUAAACAUACUUAAACCAAUUAAUAUAGGAUAGGUUUCCAAAACAAUACAUUUCGAUUGAAAAAAGACAAAACUCUUGCCGUCUCAACACUCUCGCCGUUUCAAACUUCUCGAAUCUCACUCGUCUCCGCCUCUCGAAUCUCUCUCUCAUCUCCAUAUCUCUCGAUCUCCGACGAAAACCCAUCUCCAGAACUCUCUCUCUCUCUCGAUCUUUUACGCGAGCUCUCUCUAUUCUCCGAGAAAAACCAUUUCUAGAGCUCUAUCUCUUUAAGGUAUGUUGCAGAUUCAACCUUAUGUGUGUUUUCUUUCUGAGAGAUUGGUCUCCUGGUUUUUGCUUGUGUAUAGACUUGCUCGUUUUAACCUAAUAUGAUUGGUAGAAUUCUAGUUCAUGUGAAAGCAUGUGUAUAGACUCAGGAAGGAUUUGUAUUGUUUCAGGAAACCCUUCCUGAAAAUUGGAUUUUAAUUAAUUUAGACAAAUAAAAUUUUUCUUGUUUACGCAGGAUAGAAACAAGAUGGGAGAUCCAUUACCAUUAAGACUAGCACUGCCUGAGCUGAGGUAUCCGAUUGGAUCAGAGCCAGAGAAGACGAUAUCGAUAAACCAACACUCGAUAGUUGCUUAUAUCAAAACUGUUAAGGAAAUUCUAGGAAAUGAUGAGUUCAACAGAAUAAGAGGGACGUUUUUGGGACCGGUGAUCAAGCUUGGAGAGAGGUCUUUGAAAUUAUCAGCUAAGAUAGUGCACGCAGUUCUCACCAAAAGCAUCAAGACAGUGAAGAGACACGAAGCAUGGUUCCAUUUUGGUGCUCAGCCAAUGAGGUUCUCUAUAAGAGAAUUCCACAUGGUGACUGGUUUGAAAUGUAGUGGUGAAGCAAGAGAACCACGAGAGGAAACCGAGAAAUUUAAGUGGGACUUCCUAAAAGGGCGUACUCAUCCAGUAAAGGACGUGGAGAAGCAGCUCAGAAACACAAGAGAAGAUGCUUCUGAUGAGAGAUUCCGCCUUGUAAAGGGCGUACUCAUACUACUACAGAAGAGCCUUCUCGACGGUGGCACAACUUUUACUUUGGAUUAUGUGAAAAUAGCGCAGGAUAUAGAUGUCUUGAUGACAUACCCAUGGGGGAGAACAGCUUAUAAUUUGCUGUUAAAAUCACUUCAGAGAGCUGUCGACAAAAGCCUCGACAAAAACAAUUAUGAUUUGCAAGGAUUCCCUAUGGCAUUUCUUAUAUGGAUACUUGAGUCAGUACCUUUGCUACAGUAUGCAUUCAGUCAAGUUGUUCCUAUUCUGAGCGUUCAACCGUCUACCCCAAUAUUUUUGUGUGAGAAGUACCUUCAAAUAGCUUCUCCACAGCUGAUAGAUGUUCUCCUAAUUGAAAUCAAAGAUCAUGUAAGUUUUUACAUUAUUUUUUUCUUGUUUCUGUUUUGCCUUAUGAUUCUCCAUUUAAAAGCUAAUUAUUUUUAUGGUUUCAGCUUAAGGUCACAUGCAUCCUACCUCCUAUUUCUAAUGAUCCAGAAGCUGAUGUUUGCAUGGAAGACGAAGCUAAUAAAGAUCUGGAUGACAUGGCCGAUUUAUCCAAGAGAGGUUAUAAGUUUAAAAUUAGAGAUUGGCGAAACAUGUCAGUAGACCUAUACGGUGCUAAUGAACAAAUAAGAAGAGCA